GGCUCCCUCCGGGGCGAGCGGGAGCGGCAGGCCACCGCCUCGGGCUCGCAGCCCGGCAGCUCCGGGCAGGUGGAGGAGAUCAACACCAAAGAGGUGGCUCAGCGGAUCACGGCCGAGCUGAAGCGCUACAGCAUCCCGCAGGCGAUCUUUGCGCAGAGGAUCUUGUGCCGCUCUCAAGGCACCCUGUCGGACCUGCUGCGGAACCCCAAGCCCUGGAGUAAGCUCAAGUCGGGCCGGGAGACUUUCCGGAGGAUGUGGAAAUGGUUGCAGGAGCCGGAAUUUCAGAGGAUGUCCGCGCUCAGGCUCGCAGCUUGCAAACGCAAAGAGCAAGAGCAGCAGAAAGACAGGAGCCUGCAGCCCAAGAAGCAGCGGCUGGUCUUCACGGACCUCCAGCGCCGCACCCUGAUUGCCAUCUUCAAGGAGAACAAGCGCCCAUCCAAAGAAAUGCAGAUGACCAUCUCACAGCAACUCGGCUUGGAGCUCAACACCGUCAGCAACUUCUUCAUGAAUGCCCGCCGGCGGUGUAUGAACCGCUGGCAGGAGGAGCCAGGCACCAACCCUGGAGUCCCUUCUUCUUCUACAAGCACUUUCUCCAAAGCAUGA